AUGGAUUUAAAGUUUGCAUUUUUAUGGAUUUUUACAGUAACAAUUUUAAGAUCGCCAUGCGUGUCUAAUGCACAAAUUUCUGGAAUGUCUAAUGGUUCUUUAAUUUCAAAAGUUCUUCACGAAAUCACUGACAAAUUUCUUCUGAGAGAAAAAACUUACUUUUCUAUCACAAAGCUUGCAAAUCAGUCAAAUUUAAUACAGGACGUUCUUACUUCAUUCUUGUCAGGUUUUAAGGAAAAAUUUUCAUAUUUUCUUUAUGCGGAACAAAAACUAGUAGGAAUAUUUGAAGGAUCAACAUUUAUUUUUACAGACUAUUUGGAAUAUUUACCUUUAGUUGAUAAAACCUUCACACCAAGACGACAUCUAAGUCAACCUAUAAAGUACUUUGUUUUUGCACGUGACUUAACUUUUCAUCGAUUAAAGUUUUCGAUAGUUGAUGCAUUUAAUAUAAGAAUUCCAAGAAUUAAAGCUACAUUUUAUCAAUACACAUACUUCAUCACCGAUGAGAUUGAUUCGAUAGUUUUAUCGACAGUUGAGUGGUUUGGUCCACAUGGAUGUGACCAUCCACAUGUUUAUAUUAUCAACGUCUUCAAUAAAACAACAAUGCAAUGGAACAAAAGACUUCGAAAUCGUGAAAAGUUUCUGGAUUAUCAUGGAUGUGAAUUAGUCUUCAUGGUUCCAACGGAUCAGGUAGACAGAACUGUUACUCAUUUAUCAGGAUUUGCUUUUGCUAAUUUUAAAACAUGGGAAAUUCAUGGAAUCGCACCUUUAUUCUUUGAGAUUGCUGCAAAAUACUACAACUAUACAGUCGGAUAUCAGCCUGUUGAAAUGAAAACAGGAUGGAUAAAUCGUUCAGAUAAAGAGUUCCUUCCAAUGUUUGUUUUAAAUGGAACUACUAAAUUUCCUCAUGUUUUCUUUGAAAUUUUACCUAUUGAUGCAAUUGGCUAUGUAACAGCAACAUCAAAAGUGGUCGCUAACUUGAAUGUCCAUCUGUUUUUGACACCUGCACCAAAAUACACGCCAUAUGAGAAGUUCUUCUUACCAUUUGAUUUACUGACGUGGAUUUUCUUGUUGAUUACAUUUUCGUCAACAUUCUUGUCGAUUUUUGUCAUCAAUAAUCUCUCAAAAUCCGCACAAAUCAUCAUUUAUGGACAUAAAAUCGAAACACCAAUCUGGAAUGUCAUUAGCAUAUUCUUUGGAAUUUCCCAGACACGAUUGCCAAACAAGAACUUUUCAAGAUUCAUUUUAUUGAUUUUUGUUUAUUUCUGUUUGAUUUUUCGAACUUGUUUCCAAAGUAAAUUCUUUGAAUUUAUGACAAGUGAACCAAGACAUCCACCACCAAAAACUAUUGAGGAUGUGAUUGACAGAGGCUAUAAUAUUUAUGCUAUGGAUGUCACUUCAUUUACAGAAGAAAAUUUAGGCACAUCUACUGUAUGGCCGAAAAUAUUUAGAAUGUCCUCAAACGCAUAUACAACAGCAUAUCUAUUACAAUCACAGAAUUCAUCAGCUAAGAUGGCACUAAUUGUCGACGAACUAUUCACAAUGUUUUUAAGCAUAAAAAAUGAUAUCAAGACUUUGAAUUGGUAUAAACUUGACAACAUUGUUGUUUAUACUUUUCAUGAUGCAUUUGUUUUUAUGGACAAUGCCUUUUAUUUCCGAAUGUAUAAUAAGAUCAUCAAUGACUUCAUACCAACUGGAAUAAUGAAUCAUCUGAUUACAAAUUUUUACAUUCGAAAAUUUGAUUAUGAGAAAAUAAUUGAAGAUCCAAAAGUUCUUAAUCUUGCUGAUCUUGCUUUUGGAUUUAAUAUUUGGCUUUGUGCUUGUUUGGUUUCAGUUUUUGGAUUUAUUGCAGAACAUGUUACUUUUUUGAUAAAAAAUCGGUUGAAAACGUACGCUUAA